CAAAUACUUGUGCUCAACGACGGCGAGUGUGUGGCCAUCGGGUCCUACACUCAGCUCAAAGAGCGCGGCAUUGAUCUCAUGUCAUAUCAGAGACAAACCGAUGGACCAAAUGAUAUGAAUCGGAGAACAUCUGUCACACCAUCGAUGGUCUCAUCUAUUAGUGAGGGAUCAAAUGUAAUGGACGUUUGGGAACCGAUUGAAGUGGACGACCAAGACGUGAAAGCCGAACUUAAAAUAAUUGGAUCCGUUGAAUCUACUGUCUAUAUGGAGUACAUUAAGGCCGGCGCCGGACCUCUGCUCGUAAUUCUUACCAUUUUGUUUUUGAUCGCUUCUCAAGUGCUUUAUCAAGGAAGUGUUUAUUGGUUAAACUUAUGGACUAAUGAAAUGAGCAAAACGCCUGAUAAAGUGGAUCAAACAUUCAAUAUAAUUGUCUACACAAAUCUAAUCAGUGGUCUGUUUGUGUCGGCCCUGUUGUCCACCAUUUGUUUCUACAUAAUGUGUAUGAGAUCUUCGGUUAAUCUCUAUAACCGAAUAUUCUAUGCAUUAUUGCGAUCACCGAUACAUGUGUUCGAGAGUUCGCCAAUCGGACGAAUACUAAACAGAUUUUCAAAAGACACGGGAAUUGUGGACGAAGUGUUACCAUCGGUUGCCUUUGAAUGUCUCAUUAAUUUAUGUGUAAUUCUUGGAAGUCUUAUAGUGAACGCAAUCGUCCGUUGGUUUCUCAUAUUUCCGGCAAUACUUUUGUUAAUAUUAGUGUUUAUUUGUCGCUAUUUUUAUAUCAGAGCCGCGAGGGAUAUAAAGCGUUUGGAGGGG